ACGGGGAUAGGCUGCUUUUUAGUUUCCAGCUACUUCCUGAUACAAGACUGUGUCUAUGAUUAUACCAUGACAAUAAGACCACAGGCACCAAGCAGGUCAAACAACGCUCUUAAGAAAAAACUUUUCGUUAACUGAAUUUGGUAAAGUUGCUCAAUCGAAUCUGCUUACGGAUUGUCCUCGGUGAAGAACAUGGACUACUGGGCCGCGACAGAGGUGUACAGGGAGAUGAUCUUACUCUAUGUAGAGGAGGGUCGUAAGUUCAUCAACUCGAAAUGUGCCGACCUGGAGCCAUGGCAGAUCAUUGGUGCCUCCAUACUCACCACCCUGGGAGCGGUUUGGGUCAAAGGGAUUCUCUUCCAGCAAGAGAGUCUGAUGUCACGAAUCAAGAAGCGCUGCUUUCGCCUCAUCAGAAAAAUACCCUUCAUUGGCACGACAAUCCAGGGACAGCUAAACAAGGCGCUGGACGACAUGUCCCAGAGUCUGUGCAACCUAAAAGAGGGCAUGAGCUACACCAAAAGACUACCACCCAAAGGCCUCACCCAGGAGCAGGUCCUGCAGCGCAUCAGCGAGUACCAGACCCUGAAUGAAGUGGACUGGGAGAGUGGCAAGGUGUCUGGCGCCGUAUACUGGGGAGAUGAAACACUAACCAAGCUUCUGGUGCAGGUGUAUGGGGACUUUGCCUGGAGCAACCCUCUCCACCCAGACAUCUUCCCAGGGGUCAGGAAAAUGGAGGCAGAGGUCGUGCGCAUGACCUGUCAACUCUUUCAUGGUGGACCGGAGUCCUGUGGCACAGUGACCUCUGGAGGCACUGAGAGCAUCCUCAUGGCCUGCAAGGCCUACAGAGAUAUGGCCUAUGAACGUGGGGUCAAGCACCCAGAAAUUAUCGCUCCAGUCAGUGUCCAUGCUGCCUUUGACAAAGCUGCUCACUACUUUGGGAUGAAGUUGGUCCAUGUGCCCCUGGACAAGAAGACCAUGAAAGUGGACGUGAAGGCCAUGAAGAGAGCCAUCAAUAAGAACACAGCCAUGCUGGUGUGCUCGGCCCCUCAGUUCCCUCAUGGGGUGAUGGACCCUAUCCAGGAGGUUGGAAAGCUGGCUGAGAGCUAUAACCUGCCCCUCCACGUGGACGCCUGUCUGGGAGGGUUCCUCAUCCCCUUCAUGGACAGCGCCGGAUUCCCUCUGGCGCCGUUUGACUUCCGGAUCAAAGGGGUGACCAGCAUGUCUGCAGAUACACACAAAUAUGGCUAUGCCCCCAAAGGCUCCUCAGUGGUGCUCUAUAGCAAAAAGCACUACCGCCAUUACCAGUACUUUGUGGCGCCAGACUGGCAGGGUGGCAUCUACGCCUCCCCCUCCGUGGCCGGCUCCCGGCCUGGGGGCAUCAUCGCCGCCUGCUGGGCCACCAUGAUGCACAUGGGCGAGAAUGGCUACGUGGACACCACCAGGAAGGUGAUCCAGACCACCCGCACUAUUGAGGCCGCAAUGCGUAAAAUAGACGGAAUAUUUGUCUUUGGGAAACCGGAGGUGUCUGUGGUGGCGAUUGGGUCAGAUGUCUUUGACAUCUACCGCUUGUCCAACGCUCUCACCACCAAGGGAUGGAAUCUCAACACACUGCAGUUUCCCUCUAGCAUCCAUAUUUGUUGCACAGUGUUGCACACGCAGCCCGGCGUGGCUGACCAGUUCAUCAGUGACGUCACAGAGCAGGUGGACAUCAUCAUGAAGAACCCAAAGGAGAAGACCACAGGAAUGGGAGCUAUCUAUGGUAUGGCCCAGUCCAUCCCUGACCGAUCCCUGGUGACGGAGAUUUCUCACGGCUUCUUGGACUGCCUCUUCAGCACAGACCUCCCCAAAGCCCAGAACAACCACAUGAACGGCAAAGCCCACUGAGUGCUCCGUUGGUGGGUCUGCGUCUACUCACCCACUCCUUGCCUUACGCCCACCGUCUCUUAAUCCGCGCUCGCUCGCUCUCGCUCUCGCUUUCCUCAAGGCCAGUCUCUCUUCCAAGGCACAAAACCGCAGUGACCGAGGCUUAGUUAAUGAGUUAGUAGGUUAGUUAAUUAGUCAGGUAGUUAGUUAGUUUUUUUCUCUCUUUGUGCACUCAGAAUCAUCAAAAGACUGUCGUACAAGCGUGGAUGUGGAGGAGCAUUGGAAAGUGUGUACUCUUUGGAACAGGCUGCACCCUCAUCACACAGCUCCUACUACCUAUUUGUUUAAUCACGGUGAACUCUUGAAUGGCUUACUUUCUAGGAUUGUGAUUGUCAUCUGGUUCUUUUUGGAAAAAACAAACAAAAAAACUAGAUCAGUGGGGUAUACUACGAAUCUCGAUUAGUGGGUUAGCGAGGUAUGUUGCGCUCAAAGCCAGGGUAUGCUGUCAUACGAAAGUGGAUUUGUUUUAGCGUCGCUGUAUCACCAUGGUAUCUUAUGCUCGCAACCAAACCUGGUCGGGAGCAGGUUAUGUGCUUAGUUAUAGCUCAAAUCGUGAAAAAUCACCGCCCUCUGACCAAUUCUAACCAAUCCAUUAUCUUGAAAAACGAAGUUAUCUCACGUGUGCUAAUCUGUCAAACUUCGAACAGGUUCAGCCACGCCUCUGCAAACAUUUUGAAUCUCGACGGCGCUUUUAACUAUGUUGCGCGUGCAAAUAUGUCACUACUAUGGACGUGCAUACCAUGCAAUAUUUGAUGACCAUCGAUUUUUUGAUGUUAUGGGUUAGACACUAAAAAAGACCACCCUAGAUUUCUCUGCCGCUCAUAAAUGCGGAAGUAAUCGUUGGUUAACCUAGGCUGUCUUGUGCGUCUCUACGUUUCCCGAUUGGUCAAAGUCACCCCAACCACGAGAACGCGCACAGAUCUGAGCUGAAAGCCUAGUUGGACAAAUUCAUCCUUGAGUGAGUUUUGUAGUACCACUCAACUCUGAUUGCGACUUUCGUUUUUAGCAAUCCAGGUUAUCCAAAGAAAACCUGGUUAUGUUCAACGAGAUUCGUAGUAUACCCCAAAGGUCUGUAAGUGGGCCGUGUACCUUGCUCUCAGUCCUGAUUGUGGCAGUAAAAGAGGUGCAGGAUUGUUCUAGAUAUCAUUCACCAAUAUCAUCAAAGUAUAUUAUUCUGUAAUAACAUUAACCAAACCACUCAUUUCAUUAUACCUAAUAUAUGCUGCAGAUACUGUGCACAUAACGUACAGGUCUUAUCAUUCUUUCAGUCUAAAAAAAAAUAACAUGUUAAUGGUAAGAAGACAACACACAGGUCAGGUGUUGAUAUCCCCUUCCACCAUUAGCCAUUUUACACAAUAGGGAUCCAAUUGAAGAAACUACACUUUGUUUCUGUACUGCUUUCCUAACCAAUGUUCUACUUCAAUCCCUGUUCUUUGCCCCAAAGUCAAUUAAUACUGUACCUCUCAAGCACAACAGUUUUUGAAGCACUUAUUCAACUGAGUUAAUUUAUUUGCUUUCAAACUCUAAGACUUUCUGUAUCUGAUGCCAAAACUGACCCUUUGGCAACUGUUAUGAAAGGUUCCUCAUGUUUCUCUUGUAAUUAAUUUGAGGGCUCUAGCCCAGAAUGUAUGGAGAGACCCAGACUCAUUUCACCGUAUAGAAAUUUACCACUUUUAAUUGACGAUGUAUGAACACCUCGACACCCUGAGGGAAAACACAAAACUUUCUUAAGAAAUGUGUCUUAUAUGAUUCCACUAUAGUCCGCUUCCAUAUCUACCUCAUUUAGUAAUUCCGUACUAUUGAGUCAUAUAGUAUAUUCCUUCCAACUUCUUUGUUUGUAUUUCAGAAAGGCUUUGUCUGGCUCACUGUACUUUCUUGAUACGUAAUGUUUAGCGAUAAAUUAGUUCUUAUCCAUUUUUACUCAAAACGGUUGAAGAAGCGGAACGUGGGGGAUAAAUCGGGUUUCUCCUCUUGGUCUAGUAUAGCCUUUUAAGUCAGCCUUGGCCCAUCAGUUGUUCUCGUUGUCCUUUUCUUUUUAAUUUUUGUUUUUAUUUACUGUGCAAUGGGUGAUUGAGUCAUCGUGGUUCCUUAGAGUUGUCCAAAGGGAAUAGCCUCUCAAGCAGGGAUGAAAUGGCCCGCUAGUGUGACAUUAUGGUACCAUUGAAUUGUAACUUUAUAGGCCUCUUUAGCUGUGUUUAAUCUGACGGCUUCAUGAUGUUUUGUGACCACUGUGUGCGUUUUACAUAUUAUUAAUCACUAACAACAUGUCUCAUUUCAAUUUUUGUAUAAUUAUUUGUCUGUGUGUUGCGUUACUGUAACGGUUUUUGUUAGGGCACAAUGGUGUGUGUGAAUUCCCCCCAUAUUGAAAACAGCACCACUAUGGAAACUUUGACAAAUUUAACAACCAUCAGGUUUCAUCAGGAUUGUUUUGAAAAUCUCAUCUGAAUGUCUUUGUUCCCUAUGCAAUAAUCAAACGUUUUAAAGUGUAACUGCUUAAAAUUGAUGAUUGCGAUCAUUUCGUAGCAGUUCAAGCUGUGCAACAGUACAGCUAUAACCGUGAUGCCGCAUUCACCUGUAUGCCUUGCCUACCAGUCAGAAAACGUGUGUGUUGUGAGCGCUUUAGGGCUAAAACAUGGGCAGAGAUCCAUCUCAGGGACAGGGCUGGCCCACACCACACCUGAAAACCGAUUCAGUGCUCUUUUGUAUGUCUUUUUGUUGUUCCUUUUAAAAUCAUUAAAGGUUUCAUUUUUUGAAACUCACAA